AUGCAUAUAGACGAAAUAUACAACAGCCUGAGGGGCAAAACAUUAGUCAUCCCCGACCUAAGACCAUUGUACGGGCGAUGGGCCUCAGGUGUCAACCCCGACUAUGAAAGGCUGGCCGAGGUAGUGAAUGAAGACAUCGACAAGCGGAUAGGGGACGAAAAGGCUCGCCAGAAGUGCAAAGCUAUAGACCUGGCAUUUCUCGCUUCAGCGAUGUACCCGAGAGCCGAGUGGGAACAACUCAAAACCAUGGGUCUCUUCACUGUGGCAUUGUUUGUACUGGACGACGCCAUUGACAAGGAGAUCGACCCCAAAGUUCAAGACUACGCCUCCGACUACACAGCCGCAUCAGACUUGAGAAGAGACUGCAUAGCGUUUAUGCGGCGGGAGCUCAAGCUCGAUAGCCAGCCGUACGCGGACGCAGAGACGCCGAAGGAGUUCGGCACCUUCGCCUCUGUGGCAUCGAUUCUGCUCAAGGCCGACCCGUUCCAAACUCAAAUCCCCAUUCUGGCUAGGGACUUGGAAGAGUUUAUCGAGGCAAGCGGUCCCGAGCAGCAGUUUCGACUUGCCGGGACCAUACCCACCGCCGAGGAUUACUGGUCAUGGCGGCAUGGCGUUGGCGCUGUAUUUGCCUACGCAACACUCCACCAGUACGUGGCUAAUACCAGAUUGCCCGCUGAUCUGGCAUGGUCACCAGAGGUCAUGACAAUGAGGGUAGAAGCCAGUUUCCAGCCUUGCCUGUGCAAUGAUCUAUUCUCUCUUAAGAAAGAAAUGCGAGAGGGCACAGUGACCAACAUGAUUCCAAUUUUGCUCAGCGACACCGAGAAGACUCUCGAGUCCGCCGUGACAAAUGUUGUUGAUCAACUUCACAGCUCGGCCGAGAGGUUUGAUGCCGCGGUUGCCUCCCUGAGAAACAAAGGAAAGGCCUACGACCACAAUAUGCAGGAAGGCUUGGAAAGAUUCAUCGAGACGUUUGAGACGUUUCAGACUGCCUGUCACAAUUUUUACAUCAGGUCGAAAAGGUUUGGCAUCAUGGACUACAAACAACAGGAUGGGAGCUUUCUUGUACCGCUUUGA